AUUAAGACAAGCAAAACCCCCUCAAAACCUCAGGCCCCGGUAUAGGGUUUUCCCUCGUCUCCGAUCUCAUUUCCACCUCCGCCAUGGCCCGAUUCUCUAGAGGAUCCGCUACAUCGCGUCUCCUCUUCUCCCUCUAUUCUUCCACCGCGAAAACGACAGCGACAGCUCCAGCUCCGCCGUCUCAUUCCCCGACCGCUGCCCUGCUCCUCGGCAACUUCAGCCUCCGCCAAUUCUCCAACGUCGCUCGCGCCAAGGAAGAGGAGCCAUGGUGGAAGGAGUCCAUGGAACGCCUGCGGAACAUUGGAAUCUCUGCUCACAUCGACUCCGGAAAGACCACUCUCACUGAGCGCAUCCUCUACUACACCGGCCGUAUCCAUGAGAUCCACGAGGUCCGCGGCCGCGAUGGAGUCGGCGCUAAGAUGGAUUCUAUGGACUUAGAAAGAGAAAAGGGCAUCACCAUCCAGUCCGCCGCCACAUAUUGUACUUGGAAUGGCUAUCAGAUAAAUAUAAUUGAUACACCGGGGCACGUAGAUUUUACCAUAGAGGUGGAGAGGGCUUUGCGAGUGCUGGAUGGUGCAAUUCUUGUGCUUUGUAGUGUGGGUGGAGUGCAGAGUCAGUCUAUAACGGUGGAUAGGCAAAUGAGGAGAUAUCAGGUCCCUAGACUUGCCUUUAUUAACAAACUUGAUCGAAUGGGAGCUGAUCCGUGGAAGGUUCUCAACCAGGCAAGGUCUAAACUGAGGCAUCACAGUGCAGCUAUUCAAGUUCCAAUUGGCUUGGAGGAUGAUUUUCAAGGCCUUAUUGAUCUUGUGAAGUUGAAAGCUUAUUAUUUCCAUGGUUCCAAUGGUGAAAAAGUUGUUACUGAGGAAGUGCCUGCUCAUAUGGAGGCCAUAGUUGCUGAAAAACGACGUGAACUUAUAGAAGUUGUUUCUGAAGUUGACGAUAAACUUGCUGAUGCUUUUCUUGCAGAUGAGCCUAUUUCAUCAUCAGAUCUUGAGGAGGCAAUUCGCAGGGCUACUGUAGCAAGGAAAUUUAUUCCAGUAUUCAUGGGAAGUGCAUUCAAGAACAAGGGAGUUCAACCACUUCUGGAUGGUGUGCUUAGUUAUUUGCCUUGUCCUACUGAAGUUAGUAACUUUGCUCUUGACCAAUCUAAGAAUGAAGAUAAGGUCUUGUUGGCUGGAAAUCCAGAUGGACGACUUGUGGCAUUGGCUUUUAAAUUAGAGGAAGGGCGUUUUGGUCAAUUGACAUUUCUAAGAAUCUAUGAGGGUGUCAUUCGCAAGGGUGAUUUUAUAGUGAACAUAAACACAGGCAAGAAGAUUAAGGUUCCUCGCUUGGUUCGGAUGCAUUCUAAUGAAAUGGAGGACAUUCAAGAGGCACAUGCUGGGCAAAUUGUUGCUGUAUUUGGAGUGGAUUGUGCUUCAGGAGAUACUUUUACAGAUGGAUCUAUUAGAUACACUAUGACAUCCAUGAAUGUUCCUGAGCCAGUUAUGUCAUUAGCUGUUCAACCUGUUUCAAAAGACUCUGGAGGACAAUUUUCGAAAGCUUUGAAUCGUUUUCAGAAAGAGGAUCCUACUUUCCGUGUUGGUUUGGAUCCUGAGAGUGGGCAGACAAUUAUUUCUGGGAUGGGAGAGUUGCAUCUGGACAUAUAUGUGGAGCGCAUUCGGAGAGAGUACAAGGUUGAUGCAACUGUUGGGAAACCUCGUGUUAACUUUAGAGAAACUGUUACUCAGCGUGCAGAAUUUGAUUAUUUACAUAAGAAGCAAACUGGAGGACAAGGCCAAUAUGGAAGAGUAAUUGGGUUUAUUGAGCCACUUCCAGCAGACUCGCCUACCAAAUUCCUGUUCGAGAACAUGAUGGUUGGACAAGCUAUACCAUCAGGUUUUAUUCCUGCAAUUGAAAAGGGCUUUAAAGAAGCUGCCAAUUCAGGCUCUUUAAUUGGGCAUCCAGUCGAAAAUGUUCGUAUUGUUUUAACAGAUGGUGCUUCCCAUGCCGUGGAUUCUAGUGAACUUGCAUUUAAAUUAGCAUCAAUAUAUGCUUUUAGACAGUGCUAUGCAGCUGCAAAGCCCGUUAUACUGGAACCUAUAAUGCUGGUGGAACUGAAAGCACCAACAGAAUUUCAGGGUACUGUAGCUGGUGAUAUUAACAAGAGGAAAGGUGUGAUAGUUGGAAAUGACCAGGAUGGUGAUGACUCUGUAAUAACUGCCCAUGUUCCCCUAAACAAUAUGUUUGGGUACUCGACAUCCCUUCGUUCCAUGACACAGGGUAAAGGUGAAUUCACAAUGGAAUACAAAGAGCAUUCGCCUGUUUCACAAGAUGUGCAGAUGCAAUUGGUGAACACCUACAAGGCCACCAAGGCUGCUGAAUAGAUGGGAAUUUUGUUAAAGCUGAUGCCCCCUACACAAGUCAAAUUUUUUCACUGAAAGAUGCUAUAAUUUUUUCAUACAUAUAUAAUCUUUGCGUGAUAAAAACGUGAGAAAUAUUUAUUUUUUAUUCAGUAGCCAAUGGGUCAAUAGCAAGGAUGAGAUUCCAAUAGAGAUGGGAUUAAAGGAUAUUUUUUAAAUGCAAAUGUCACAUUGUAAUUGUAAUAAUUAUUACAUCACCUCGAAAGUUAGUUUUGCAGA